AUGCGACGGUUAGAUACCUUUUGUUUUAUUCAGAAGCUCUUCAAAUUAUAGAUUGGCAACUUUCAUAUCACCAUAUCUCUCUCUUUUUUUCUUGUUUUCAUGUCAUUAUAAAUUUGGAAAGCUCUUUUCUGAUUCUGUACGUGGUAAAGUCAAAGGGGUUCUAUUCUUGUUUUCCAGUGUGAAUAUGACCAUACUUUUUGGCUUGCUUUGUGGUGUGGGGUUUUGGGUAUAAAUGAACUGAUCCAGAAAGGGCAAUAGCAAUUUGUGCACAAGACACAUUGAACCAACCGAGAUUUAUCCAACUUGGUUGUGUAGGCAAUGCAAGUGGAUUUCUUCUCAACUACCCAUCAUAUUUAUUUAUUUAUGUAUGUGGAGUCAACCAUGUAAAGUUAUCCAAUCGAUGGCUUAAUCCUUGAUUGAAAGUUAAUUGUGCUUUUUAAUCCUUGCAGCUGAAAUAGAAAAAUAUCAAAACUCAAAAGCUUGUGAUAGGGAGAGGGGUUUUGCAAAGAGAGAGAAUCAUUGUGGAAUUAAAAAGGAUUUACAUGUAGAAAGAGAAAGGAAAGGAUAUAAAAAGAAUUUCCUUCUGGAAGCUGACUUUAGAGAGCUUGAUAUAUAGAAAGAGCUUAUUGAUGGGCCACCAGUAGAGAGACGAUGAAUUUAUUAAAAUAUUAGAGCAGUUGGUAGAGGAUAGAACUUUCAAACCUCAGACAGGUUUUCUUCUGCUUAAAAUGAUCCUGGCAUAGACAAAAAGGAGGCUUUUGUAGGUGUUGCUUGGUAUGAUGGGAGAAAUGCUUGCCAUUGUCUUGCUGUUCUUUAACUUGGUGUUGCUUCCUGAUCCUUCCUUUCCCCAUCCAUUAUGCACUGAUUCAAGAGAACCCCUUUCAUUGAACACCACUCUGAAAUUUUGUCCCUACAAGGGGAGCACCUGCUGCAAUUCCACGGAAGAUACACAAUUGCAGAAGCAAUUUCAAGCAAUGAACAUCUCGGAUCCUGGCUGUUCUUCUCACAUCAAAUCUAUCCUUUGUGCUAGAUGUGAUCCAUUUUCAGCGGAGUUAUUUACAAUCAACUCUGUGCAACGGCCAGUUCCUGUUCUCUGUAAUUCUACUGUUUCAGGAAAUUCAUCCCAGUCUGGCCAAGCAGUGAAUAACUUCUGCUCUCAAGUAUGGGAUGCGUGUGAAACUGUAUCUGUAUCAAAUUCACCUUUUGCCCCUUCACUAAAAGGCCAAGCCGGUUUACCUGUCAAUUCCAGCGUCACAAAAUUGACUGAUCUCUGGCAGUCAAAAACUGAUUUCUGCUCAGCAUUUGGCGGAGCGUCUACUGAUGGAUCAGUAUGUUUUGAUGGUGAACCUGUUACUCUCAAUAACACUGUAUCAUCUAGUCCACCACAUGGGUUGUGCCUUGAGAAAAUUGGAAAUGGAUCUUACCUUAAUAUGGUUGCCCAUCCAGAUGGGUCUAAUCGUGCAUUCUUCUCUAGCCAACCAGGCAAGAUUUGGUUGGCAACUAUUCCUGAAGAAGGAUCUGGAGGAACAAUGGAAAUUGAUGAAUCAAGUCCUUUUAUAGAUCUAACGGAUGAAGUUUAUUUUAGUAGUGCAUUUGGAAUGAUGGGCAUGGCAUUUCAUCCAAAUUUUGCACAAAAUGGUCGAUUCUUUGCUUCAUUUAAUUGUGACAAGGUUAGAUGGCCAGGAUGUGUUGGAAGAUGUUCAUGUAAUUCAGAUGUGAAUUGUGAUCCUUCGAAGCUAACUCCUGACAAUGGCGCACAGCCCUGCCAAUAUCAUAGUGUUAUUGCAGAAUAUACUGCAAACAGUUCAACAGUUGAAGCUUCUUUGGCAACAUCUGCCAAACCAUUGGAAGUUAGCAGGAUAUUCACUAUGGGUCUUCCAUUCACAUCGCAACAUGGAGGACAGAUUCUCUUUGGACCGACAGAUGGUUAUUUAUACCUUAUGAUGGGAGAUGGAGGUGGACCUGGUAAUGCAGGUGAUCCUUACAAUUUUUCCCAAAACAAGAAAUCAUUACUUGGAAAGAUCAUGCGACUGGAUGUUGAUAAUAUACCAAGUGCUGAAGAAAUUAAUAACCUUGGUCUAUGGGGAAACUACUCAAUCCCUAAAGAUAAUCCAUCUAGCGAAGACAGUGAUUUGCUGCCAGAAAUAUGGGCUUUAGGCUUAAGAAAUCCCUGGCGCUGCAGCUUUGAUUCAGAAAGGCCAUCCUACUUUAUGUGUGCAGAUGUUGGAGAGGAUUUAUAUGAAGAGGUGGAUAUCAUCACCAAGGGGGGAAACUAUGGCUGGCGCGUUUAUGAGGGACCCUAUCUUUAUGACCCUCCAUCAUCGCCUGGUGGAAAUACAUCUUUGAAUUCCAUAGACCCAAUUUUUCCAGUUAUGGGAUACAACCACUCUGAAGUAAACAAGAAUGAAGGAUCAGCAUCAAUUACUGGGGGUUACUUCUAUCGCUCGAAGACUGAUCCAUGCAUGUAUGGAAGGUACUUAUAUGCAGAUUUGUAUGCGGGUGCACUGUGGGCAGCUGCUGAAACCCCUGAAAACAGUGGUAACUUUACCAAGAGCAAAAUUCCUUUCACUUGUGCUAAGGACUCUCCAAUCCAGUGCAUAUCUGUACCAGGAAGUGCUCUUCCAGCUUUGGGCUACAUUUUCUCAUUCGGGGAAGAUAACCACAAGGAUAUUUUUAUUCUAGCCAGCAGCGGUGUUUACAGAGUUGUUCGUCCAAGUCGAUGCAAUUAUGCUUGCUCGAAGGAAGAAAAUGUCACUGUUAUUCCAAGCCCAAGUCCUACCAUGUCACCGCCUUCACAUGCAGGCCAGUUACAUUGCCCAUAUAGCAGAAUACUGGUCUUAUUAUCUUCUCUGCUCCUGCUUUUGAUGGGUGUUAUCUAGUUUCCAGCAUGUCACUAACAGCUGUAUGUACUAUCAACAGUCAACACCCUUCUUCCAGUUUUUUGUACAAUAGACUUUUCUCCGUUCUGUUUCUCUGAAUUGUUCUUUUGCAACUAUUAAAGAGUAGGUUGAUACUACCAAUUUUUCUGUUGAGACUCACGUGAAUUAUUCAGUUGAUAGAAUGUGCAGUUGUCAGCUAUUCUGCAAUUCAAUUACAAAUACAUGUUUUAUGUUGAAUUACACGAA